AAUAUUAAUUUGACAAGAAUAUUGAGAAGUUUUUGAAGGAACUUUAUCAUAUUUUAACCCAUAUCACAAACCUCUCUUAUACACAUACGAUAACUAUUAUUCAUAUUCCCGCGAAGGCGUGAAUCCAUUCUAUAUACUCACAAGUAAUGCAACCACAAAAUACGCUGAUCGAGUACCCAAACUUUUCUAUCUUCCAAUGCGUAUAGUAGUAACAAGGAGAAUAAUAAACCAAAUAACCGGCACCAUUUUAUUUUGGGGCUCAAAAGAUCAUCAUAUUUACAUUAGUGGCCCUUGUUGGCUUCCCUCCAUUUUCAGAUCAUACUUCAAAUCAAAACCCCUCCCCCAAAUUCAGUCUCAGAAAAAUGUACUGACCCACUUACAGUCUGAUCCUAGAUUAACUCUUUAUGACCAUAACCAAGAAAUCAGUAGCCUUGGCCGUCGAGGGAAAGUGGAUGAAGCCCGGAAAGUGUUUGAUGAAAUGCCUCAUAGGGAUGUUGUCUCGUAUGCCUCAAUGAUUAGUAUUUAUGUGAAGAAUAAGGAGCUUGUGAAGGCUGAGAAUCUUUACUUUUCCAUUCCGGAAAGGAAUGUUGUGUCUGAGUCUGCAAUGCUUGAUGGUUAUGCCAAGGCCGGGAGAAUGGAGGAGGCUCGGAAAAUCUUUGAUGGAAUGCCUAAUAGGAAUGUGUACUCUUGGACAAGUUUGGUCUCCGGUUAUUUUCAAAUUGGAAAUGUAGAUGAAGCUCGUAGGUUAUUUGAGCAGAUGCCAGAGAAAAGUGCAGUUUCGUGGACUGUAGCAUUGACAGGCUUUGCAAGGAAUGGACAAAUUGAUGAAGCACGUAAUAAUUUUGAUGAAAUGCCCUGUAAAAAUGUCAUUGCUUGGACUGCCAUGAUCAGGGCUUAUAUUGAGAACUGCCAAGUUGAUAGAGCGCUUGAACUCUUUAAUAUAAUGCCAGCACGUAAUUUACAUUCAUGGAACAUUAUGAUUCAAGGCUGUUUGGAUUAUAAUAUGGUUGAUGUGGCUGUGGAACUAUUUAAUAGAAUGCCAAGAAGAAAUGAGGUCUCUUGGACCACAAUGGUAACUGGUCUAGCACACAAUAGGCUGACUGAUUUGGCAAGGAUGUAUUUUGAACAGAUGCCGUAUAAAGAUGUGGCUGCCUGGAAUGCUAUGAUCACUGUUUAUUGUGCAGAAGGCCUGAUGGACAAAGCUUCUGAGCUUUUUGAAUUUAUGCCAAAUAAGAAUCUUAUUAGUUGGAAUAUGAUGAUUGAUGGGUAUGCCAAAAGUGGACCUGAGGGUGAAGCCUUGAAGCUUUUUCAAUCUAUGCUUCGAUAUGGACUAAGGCCAGACCAAACUACCAUUACCAGUGUAUUGACAUCUUGCAGAAGUUGUCUUGAGUUAUUACAGGUUCACCCACUGUCUUUGCUGCUAGGCUUAGAGCAUGAGACAUCCCUCACUAAUGCCCUGAUCACCAUGUAUUCUAGGAAUGGAGAUCUUACCUCUUCAAUGAUUGCUUUUGAAAACCUCAAAAUGAAGGACAUUGUCUCAUGGACUGCAAUGAUACUCGCAUAUGCUUAUCAUGGUCUUGCUAAUCAAGCAUUUCAAACCUUUGCACGAAUGCUGAAAUCAGGAAAGAAGCCUGAUGACAUCACAUUUGUUGGCGUCUUGUCAGCAUGCAGCCAUGCAGGUUUGGUGACGAAGGGUCAGAAGAUUUUUGAUGCCAUGGUACAUGCCUACGGACUAAAACCAAGAGCCGAGCACUAUUGUUGCCUUGUUGACAUUUUGGGGAGAGCUCAGCUCCUUGACAAGGCUGUAUUGGUGGUGGCACAUAUCCCACCAGAAGAGCUUGAUGGAGCUGUCCUAGGAGCUUUACUUGGUGCGUGCAAGUUGUAUGGAGAUGCUGCACUGGCAAGACAGAUUGGGGACAAACUAAUCGAGCUCGAGCCAGGUAGUUCGGGUGGCUAUGUACUUUUGGCAAAUGCAUACGCUGCUUCUGGGAACUGGGACAGUUUUGCACAGGUGCGUAAGAAGAUGAAACAGAGGGAAGUAAAAAAAGUGCCUGGGUUCAGUCAAAUUGAAGUUAACGGUAAGUGUCAUGUGUUUUGUGUGGGAGAUAGGUCACAUCCUGAAAUGAGUGAGAUUUAUAAAGUGCUGCAAGAGAAGCUUCAGCCUUUGAUGCAGGAAACAUUUUUACUUUCAAGAGUUCAAGACCCUAUCUUUAGUGAUGUAAUAGUAUCAACAAGUUCGGUAAAAGACUUGGAGAUCAACGUAGAGGUGGUCCAC